UGCAAUUACUUGGUUGAGAUCACGCAGUGGGCGCCAGGGGCGCUCUGAGGCUCUGAAGCAUGUGCCUGCAUUGUAUAGGGGAUGAAAGUACCCAAGUUAACUCCGAAGGACCAAGAAAUCCUCAUCCUUCAGAUGUCACUGAAAGGCAGUCCAUAAAUAAACGUAUUCAGAAUAUGAAAAACCUAAAGAAAGAGAAGAUGAAACUUAAUAAGCGGUUUGCAAAGCCUUCUCCUGUUCCAGAACCAGGGCUCCAAUGGCCAUAAAGCUGGAGCCUGUAUGGAAGAAAUCUGUGGAUUUCUGACACCAAGUGGCAUUUCCAGGUUUUACUCCAUUUGAAAAAUAAAGGCAAUACUCUGCCCUUUCUGCAAAAUAAACAUAAUGCAACCAUUUCACAUCCAAGACACAGGCUCUAGAAUUUCAAUAAACAGCAUAUCUCCCUAA